GUUAUACCAUGGAACCUUUUUAGGAAAGGAGGUGAUGGUAAAGGAACGAGUGAAAAAGUCGUAUCGGCAUCCUGUGUUGGAUGCUUCUAUUCGUAACAAGCGACUGGUUCUUGAAGCACGAAGUAUGGAGCGAUGUCUCAAGGCCGGUAUCAAGACACCGAUUAUUCGUUAUGUGGAUGUGAAUCGUUAUUGUAUCAUAAUGGACUACAUAAAUGGCAAUACAGUGCGUGAUUACAUAAACAAGUCGUUGUACAAAUCGCAAGACGAACUUUAUUCCUACUGCUUCAAGAUCGGCGAAGUGGUGGCCAAGCUUCACAAUCACAACUAUAUUCACGGUGAUCUAACAACUUCCAACUUCAUGAUCGAAGAGGGAACAGGUGAUUUGGUGUUGCUCGAUUUCGGCUUGACGACGGUGAGUUCGAGCGCUGAAGACAUGGGCGUGGAUCUGUAUGUACUGGAGCGAGCUUUCCUAUCACUUCAUGAUCAUGCCGCGGAAUUGUUUGACGAGGUGAUGCGUGGUUAUGAGUCUCUCGUGGUUCGCAAAGAGCAGAAUGUGAGUUCGUUCAAGAAGGUGCGAGCGCGUGGUCGCAAACGUCUCGCUUUUGGCUGGUUUGUUUGUUCAAACAAUUCAUUGUACACGCAACUAAUCAUCUCGCUAUUCAUCCUCUUCGCCAUAUGUCAACGGAACCAAACCCAACGUGUUCUUUACUUUUCCCUUGCAUGGUUUUGCCACGGUCUCGGAAUUCGCUUCGGAUUGGGGUUCUGA